UUUUUUCUUGCUUCCCAAAACCCAAAACUUCCGUUGCAUUCGGCCUUGGAGACCGAUCGACCCGGAUCGUGCAGCAGACGCGUGCGGAAUAAGUUUUGUGACAGGUUAUCUCGAGGGCUAGCGCUCACUCCUCUUCUCGGCCUACGACUCCAAGGCGGGCGCCAUUAAAUCAUGCCGGCCGCCAACGCCAACGUGGUGACGCUGGAGAAUCUGUCCGAGAAGCUGCCCCCAUGGCGUCCGGACCAGCAGAACCACCUGUUUGCCGUGGUUGACAUGGGCAGCAACGGCAUUCGCUUCAGCAUCACAUCCCUAGCACCUCCCCGGACUCGCCUCCUGGACCCUGUCUACUCUGCACGAGAGGCCAUCUCGCUGUUUGACGCCCUGACGCCGUCCGCUGACGGGCCUGUGUUCCCUGCCGCGACCAUCGAGGCGGUGGCGUCUGCCAUAGCACGCUUCCACCACCUGGCCGUCUCCCAUGAUGUCCCUCCCGAGCACAUCAUGGUGCUGGCCACCGAGGCCAUGCGUCGGGCCGUCAACGCCCCCGAGAUGCUGGACGCCAUUGCAAAUGCCACCGGCGGGCUCUCAGUCUCCAUCCUCGACCCCCCCGUCGAGACGCUCCUCGGCGCCGUCAUGGGAUCCAGGAGCGGCCUCGGCGGGGUCCCAGGCGGUGCCCUGUUCCUCGACCUGGGAGGCGGCAGCGUGCAGAUGACCUGGGUGGACACGAGCGCCCAGGACUACGAGAUGGAGGCAGCUCUUGCCGGCGGGAGCCUGCCUUACGGUGCCGCAAAGCUAAUGCGUGUGCUACAAGAGAAUCCCGAGCACGUGCAGGCCGAGGAGACGGCCAAGCUGAGGGACGGCCUGAGGGAUCUGUUCGCCCGGCUGUGCGCCAGGUUCCCUGCCCUCGAGGCCAUCAGGGCCGCCAACGAGACGGGCGAGGAGCAGCAGCAGCAGCAGGAGAAGCCCCUCGUCGACGUCUACAUGUGCGGCGGCGGGUUCCGCGGCUACGGCAGCAUGCUGAUGCACGACGACCCCAUCAGUCCCUAUCCCAUCUCGUCGUCCAACACAUACGCCGUGCGCGGCUCGCGCUUCAAGGAGACGGCUCGGAUGCUGCAGCUCAACGCCAGCCACGAGGGCAAGAUCUUUGGCCUGUCCAAGCGGCGCAGGCAGCAGUUCCCCGCCAUCGUCGCCGUCGUCGACGCCUUCGUCCAGGCCGUCCCCUACCUGGGCUGGGUCACCUUUUGCGGAGGCUCCAACCGGCAGGGCGCCCUGAUGAUGAAGCUGCCCCGCGAGAUCAGGGAGAGCAAUCCCCUCGACGUGCUCGCCAACCUGAGAGACGACGCCGAGAGACAAGUCUUCCAGGCCAUCCUCUCCAAACUAGCAGACUCCCUGCCCCCCAACCUCUCCCCCGCCGUCCCCACCAUCCUCACCACCGGCGCCGGCAUGCUCUUCGUCCGCGAAGUCUGGCGCCGCCACGGCCACGGCGCCGACGCAAACGCCUCCUUUGCCCUCCACGACGCCGUCGCCCGCGACACCGACUGCCCCGGCCUGACGCACCUCGUCCGCGCCCUCCUGGGCCUCGGCGUCGCCGCCCGCUGGGGAGGCGGCCUCGGCCCCCUCGACGCCCAGCUGCACAGGGGCCUGCAGGGCAUCCUCGACGACAGGGCCGCCGGCGCGUCGCUUUGGGCGCAGUACCUCGGCGCCGUGGCCGGUGUCUUGGCGGCCGUCUUCCCUGUCCUGCCGAGGCUGGCGGACGAGGUCGUCAACGCUAUCAG